AUGGGCAAUGUUUUUAGACAUUAUAAAAUGCCAUUGCGUUUUUUCAUCACACUAACCGUGGAAAUGACUCGUCUCAGCGGUGACGACGAAUUCGAAUUCAGCGUGCACUACUUUCAUUGCUUAGUCCACACUGUCUGGGCCGAAGGUAGCAUUCACGAUGCUCUACAGACUGCAUGGGCCGAGAUCUCUGCUCGCCUCGAACAGUAUCAAGAACGAGGAUCUGGGCUUGUCGUCGUCGCCAUUCAGACCUGCACCAUCACCGUUGGACGUUUCAUUCCGCCCACGGUAGGUUGUGCGACCUUCGUGUUGCCCGGUGAACUCCCAAGCAGACAGUGCCUAGUGAAUGUGAACGAGCAACUGAACGAGUCGGAGAAAAACAUGUGCUUUGUGCUUUCUGUGCUCGCCGGUCUCCAUCCCGCACCCGCUAAUCGAUCGAGAGCUUCUUGCUAUCGAGAACAUUUCACCAAGUAUUGGUUCCCCACCACGUAUCCAGUGAUAUUUCCGCAAGACGUGCAGGCUUUCGAGAGGAAAAACUCCGUGUCCGUGAUUGUGUACGGUUACGAUCGAGAACAAAGGUACGUCUACCCGCUCAAAGUCAACGAUAGCGAGCGGGAGAAGCACGUGGAUUUGCUCCUAAUAGACGAUCACUUUGCUCUAAUCACCAACUUUGCCGGACUUUUCGCGAACAGGCGCACUCACCAUUUUCGCUAUAAAAGGUGUAUGAUGGGCUUUCACUUUCGCACUGCGCUGGGAAGUCAUUUAUCGCUGUGUAAGGAGAAGAAGGCAGUCCGAACAGUGUGUCCUGCAAAGGGGGACGCGCUGUAUUUCCGGAGCCCACACACGAUGAAACCUUUCCCCUACUUUUGCGUCUACGAUUUCGAGGCCAUUCUGGAAGCGGAAAGCAUGGGUCAGGCUUACGAGAAGCACGUCCCCAGUUCGUUUUGCACACUCGUAAUCCGAUCCACGGACUCGCGCAUCGUCGAGCAGUUUUUGUACCGGGGCGAGGACUGCGUGGAAAAGUUCAUUUCCAUCCUUAAUCAAUUGUCCAAGCUCAUUGGCGAAUGGAUUCGAAGCGAGGAAGUGCCACUGGUGAGCGUGAACGAAGAGGCUCACGCGUCGGCCUCUCACUGCGCGAUUUGUGGCGAAUCGUUUGGAAAUCGAAAGAGAAAAGUGAGAGAUCACGACCACUUCAGCGGAUCGUACAGGCAGGCGUUGUGUCAGGGAUGCAAUUUAAAUCUGAGAGUAAACAAGAAAGUCAUUCCAGUGCUCGCGCACAACCAUUCCUUGGACGCGCUGGUUCAGGACCUCCGUUCCAAGAGACUAGAAAACCUGUGCUGCCUAAAGCAGGCUUUUCCGCAGCACGUUGAGCUUCUGGCGCGGAAAGGCGUAUUUCCCUACGACUAUGUGACCAGUUUCGAGGCUUAUCGGAAGCCCGAGCUACCGCCCCGCGAGUCAUUUUACAACAAGCUUAACGACAGCCAAAUUUCGGAGGAGGACUACCGUCACGCCCAAACCGUCUUUCAAACAUUCAAUUUCAAAAGCCUAGGAGAAUACAGUGACUGCUACCUGAAACUCGACUGCCUACUUCUCGCCAACGUGUUCCAAAGUUUCAGGAAAUAG